AUGCCUGUCUUUAGUAGUAGUAAGAAGAAAUCCGAUGAAUAUUGUUGUAAAAUAUAUACGAUGGACGCUGAAUUACAAUUUACUAUCGAAGCGACAGCAAAAGGUCAUACACUAUUUUCACUUGUUUGCCAAACAAUUGGCCUUCGAGAACAUUGGUAUUUCGGUUUGAAAUUCCUUGAUAAAUUGACUAAUGAAUGGACAUGGUUACACAUGAAUCGAACUAUAACUUCUCAACCAAUACAAAUCCAGUCAAAUCCAAUCUCAUCUAGAAGACCUGAAUCGCCAAGUGCAACAGACAAUGUUAAGCCUCAUCUACUUCGUUCUCCACCUACGUCUCCGUCCAUGUCAACCAUAAGUCUUCCGUCGUCAUCAACUAGCGGUGCUCAUCCAUGUGCAAAUGUUUUAGAACUAUAUUUUGUUGUGAAAUUUUAUCCCGAAGAAAUUACAAAUGAACUUAUACAAGAUAUAACCCGGCAUCUUUUCUAUCUUCAAGUUAAACAAGAUAUUCUCAAUAUGGAUAUUUAUUGCCCACCGGAUGCAGCUGCACAUCUCGCAUCACUUGCACUUCAAGCCAAAUUCGGUGAUUAUGAUCAAUUAAGUUCAUCAUCGGAAUCGUUGAACUUAGAAAGUGAAGCUUUAUUACCAUUGUCCUGUUUUCAAAAAGUUGAAUUAACUCGUGCGGAUUGGUUUGCUCGGAUAGUUGCGCUAUGGCGUACACAUACAUCAUUAACACGUGAAGAUUCUGAAAUGGCUUAUUUGAAACACGCACAAGAUUUAGAUAUGUUUGGUUUAUCAUUUUUUGAGAUAUCAAAAAUGCAAGGAGCCAAUAAGUCAAGUCCGUCGUCACAGCAGCAAUCAGAUCAGUCGUCUAUUGCUGCGGAUCUCUGGCUUGGCAUAGACUCAUUGGGAAUUCGUUUCUAUAAAAAAAAUAAACUACGACCGGAAGUAUUUUUCUCGUGGUCUGAUAUUAAAUCAGUUGCAGCUCAUGAUAAAAAAGUUAUUUUAAAUAUGUCUGGUGAGAAAAGUGCAGCAUUUGCGUUCUAUGCUGCUAAAUCAUCUGUAAGCAAAGAGAUACUCGAUCUAGCCACUGGUAAUCAUGAGCUGUAUAUGAAACGCCGACGAGAACAAACAAUUGAAAUCCAACAGAUGAGAUAUUUUGAAGAGCAACAACAAAAAGAAAAGCAUCGUAUAGUUACACGAGAACGUCAAUUGCGUUUACAAGCUGAAAAAGAGCGUGACGAAAUAGAACGAAAAUUUAAUGAUUAUCAACGGCAAAUGAAAGAAAUUCAUGAUACAUUGCUCAAAUAUCAAGAAGCAGCUGAAUUACUAGCACGUAAAGCCCAUAUAAGUAACGAAGAGGCUCGAUUACAAGCUGAAAAAGCACUUGCAAUUGAAACUCAACUGGAGCGAUGUAAAUAUGAAAUCAGUCGAAAUGAAGAAGAAAAACGACUUUAUGCUCGUCAAAUCAGUGAAUGUGAACAAAUUAUUUCAACACUAGUAAAUGAUUCCGUAAAAAGUAAUUCUGCGUACAUUUCAUGUCGUUGUGGCGAACUUUCUCUUCUUUCAUCAACUAUUGAAAAACGUCGUAAAGAAGCAGAAGAACUAAAAAUUGAAGUUGCAAAAUGGCGUGUCGCUGAAGCAGCUGCGAGAGAAAAACUACUUUCUAUAACGCAAUUGAAUCAAUCCAUAGCUGUUAUAAAUGCUGCCACACAAGCACAACAGAAUCUUGUUCAAACCUCAUCACCAAGAGCAUUAUCUCCGCCGCCAUACCGGCCGACUCUUCGAAACCAGGAAUUAAAUCAAACUGAUGAACGCGCCUUUUUAAUUGAAAAACAAUCUAAACAAGCACAAUUAGCCUUACAAUUGCAAGACCUAAAAAAUGUUAUUCAAUCGAAAAAAAUAGAAGAAAAACAAACAUUUUUAGAUAAAGCUUACGAAGAAAAUUUGGCCGUUGGAGAUAAUAAAUAUUCCACGAUACAAAAAGCAAGUUCGGGUACUGCUUCAAAACGUAUGGCGAUGUUGCAAGAUUUGUAA